AUGAUCAAUGAAGAACAAUAUAAUAAGCAACUAAUAACUUUAGAAACAAAAUUAUCAAACUUACAACAUUUGAAAAACCUCCAAUUAAUUACAUUACCAAUAACAUCAAAAUCAAUAAUAACAUUCCAAACUACACCAAAUGAUUCAAUAACUCAAAGUUUUAUGAUUCGUUAUAAUGAUAACUAUCAAUCACCUGUAUUAUAUUUCAAAAUAAUGAAAUUAGAACUUGUAACACAAGAUUUCUUAGAAUUUGAAUCAUGGAAACCUAUAAUUAAUCCAAAUCAAAUCAAAGAGUUAAUUAAUCAAGAUCAAAUUCAAUUUGGAAUGACUCAAGUGGAAGAUACUAGAGGAAAUUGGUGGUUUAUACAUCCAUGUGAUACUACUGAAAUAUUACAGAAUUCAACAAAUGAUGAGUUUUUAAUUAAUUGGUUUAGUGUUUUUGGUGGAAUAUUUAUAAAUUUUAAAAUUGAUGAUUUAUUGAAAUGA